AAGAUGGAGUUUAUUAAAGAGGAGAUUGAAGACAUGAGGGAUCCAGAACCAUCCAGAAUAAAACAUGAAGAUAAUGAGGAACAAACAGACUCGACUGAAGUAAAACAGCAAAGAAUGAAGCUGAAAGAAGAGGAGUGUUGUAAAAUCAAAAUUUCAAGAAGAAAAGCCAAACAGCUGCACACCUGCUCACAGUGUGGAAAGAGUUUUACUGCAGCAGCCGGUCUCAGUUAUCAUCUGCACAUUCACUCUGGAGAAAAGCCAUUUAACUGUGGUAAAAAGUUUCAUGCACCAUUCAGUGUAAAAAAACACAAGAAAACACAUUCAGAUGAGAAGCCUUACUUGUGUUCUUUCUGUGGAAAGGGUUUUUCAAGGCUAGACAAUUGUAAACAGCAUCAGAAAACACAUAUUGAAGUGAGAGAUCAUGUGUGUCGUGAGUGUGGGAAGAGCUUUACUGCAGCUGCCUUUCUGAAACAGCACCAAAGAAUUCACACUGGAGAAAAACCUUACAAGUGCUCAUAUUGUGACAAGAGUUUCAUUCAGUCUGUAAACCUGAAAGCACAUGAGCGAGUUCACACUGGAGAGAAGCCGUAUCACUGUACUCAGUGUGGAAAGAGUUUCACUCAGUCAACAACUCUAGUGACUCAUAUUAAAAAGCAUGUUCACUCUGGAGAAAAGCCAUUUAACUGUGAUCAGUGUGGAAAAAAGUUCAUUUCUUCAUCAACUCUAAAAAAACACCUGACAGUUCAUUCGGGUGAGAAGCCUCAUGUGUGUUCUUACUGUGGAAAGAGUUUUAAAAGCCUGCACAGUUGUAAACUGCACCAGAAAACACAUGAUGAAGUGGGAGAUCAUGUGUGUUGUGAGUGUGGGAAGAGCUUUACUAAAGCUUACCAUCUGAAACGGCACCAAAUGAUUCAUACUGGAGAAAAACCUUACAAGUGCUCAUAUUGUGACAAGAGUUUCAUUCAGUCUGUAAACCUGAAAGCACAUGAGCGAGUUCACACUGGAGAGAAGCCGUAUCACUGUACUCAGUGUGGAAAGAGUUUCACUCAGUCAACAACUCUAGUGACUCAUAUUAAAAAGCAUUGUUCUGUGUCAGAGUGAGCAAAUGUUUUCUACAGAUUCAAUACUUCAAGUAUAUUUUGUGAGAAUAAGAUACAGUAAAUAUGAGAUUAGCUCAAAUAAACUAGUUUUGCUGUGGAAUAGAUUUGUGGGGAUGUUAUUUUCUGUUUUGUUGGAGAACAGAAAAA